CAUUCGUUAUUACCACAUGUUCUUGUUGUAAACGUUGAAAAUUAUGAUAGGUUAAAAUUGUUAUUUUAAAUAAACUAAAAUGGAUAUAGUCAAUGAAAUCUUAGAACGGGAACAGAAGAAGGCCGAGAAAUAUAAACCUAUCACUGUUGAAAAGCAUUUAGAUGUGGAAUUUGAUAUCGGCACACUUGUAGCGUGCGACACAAAUGAUUUAGAAAGCAAACCAAUAAAAUCAGAAAAGGACAGAGACGCAUAUUUGCAAGCGUUAACGCGCGAUAACACACAAUUAUUGCUUAACAAAAUAUGGGAGCUUCCAACGGAGAGGAUAGAUGAAGCUAUUGUAGUCCGUCUCCCCCAACCCACGACUGUGUUGCCGCGAGCUAAACCAGUUCCCAAACCUAAGCCACUGACCAAGUGGCAGGAAUUCGCUAAAGCUAAGGGUAUUACUAAGCAGAAGAAAUCCAAGUUGGAGUGGGAUGAACAGUUGCAAAAAUGGGUACCUUUAUAUGGUUUCAAAAAGUCAGCUGCGGAAAAAGAGAAGAAUUGGUUAAUAGAAGUGCCACAAAACUUAGAUCCUAUGACAGAUAUGUAUGAGAAGAAAGCCUCUGAGAAAUCUGAGAAAGUCGCCAAAAAUGAGUUGCAGAGGUUGAAGAAUAUUGCCAGAGCUAGAAAAGUCAAAAUACCAAGAGUGGGAAUCCCAAUCACUUCAGACAAAGCCACGUCUUCACAGUUAGCAACGGCAACAACAGUAGCGAAAGCUUCAACAGCAUCCUUAGGGAAGUUCCAAGACAAACUUCCCAAGGAAAAAGAAGCGAGAGGAAAGGGAGUACAUGAGCUGAUCCCAGGAAAGGAGAGGAAACGGAGACUGCCAGUGCCCACCCCGCAGGCAGAGAAGGAAAACAAUCUGAACAUGAUUGACAGGAUCUUGAAAAAACGGCCCAAAAUUGAUAUGGAAAAGGCUGUUUCCAAACAUAUACACCAGGAGCAAGUGCAGAGAUCGGAAGAGAAAAAGAACUCGAAACCAAUGAAAGGGCCACGCAAAGCUAAGGGUAAAGGGAAUGCCACAAACUUCUCUGCAAAGAAACCCAAAGCCGGCAAGGGACAACGGAAUCCAAACAAAAAGAACCCUGGUAGAAAGAGGCGGUGAAGUAGUUAUAAGUCUAAAACGUAAUAAACAAUAUUAUACUUUAAAA